AUGAUCGACUUUGCUCUCCAUCAACACCGACUCUGCUCCUCUUUCAACGAUCGACUCUCCCUCCCUCCCUCCCUCCCUCAACGACCGACUCAGCCUCCCUCCAACAACGACUCUGCUCCUCCAUCAACGACCGACUCUGCCUCCCUCCACCAACGACCGACUUGGACAGGAAGAUCGAUCGACUUCCUCCCACCAACAGUCGAUCGAUCUUCCUGUCCACCAACCCCAGACUCCUCCAUCAACGACCGACUUGGACAAGAAGAUCGAUCGACUUCCUCCCAACACCGAUCGAUCUUCCUGUCCAUCAAUCCAAAUCUCCUUCAUCAACGACCGAUUGCUCGUCAAACGAAUGACUCUCUUCCACCAACGAUCGGCUUGCUUCUCAAGUCAACGAUCGAAUGCUCCUCCUCCCAUCCUCCACCAGCGAUGGACUGUUCAACGAGUGACAGCUUCGUCAUCAACCACAAACUCCUGCAGCCGCCACCAACUCCACCAUCAACCGCCAACGCCUCCAGCCACCAACAACUCUCCAUCAACCACCAACUCUCUCCCCAUGAAUGA